UGGGCGUGGCAGUACGGAGCGCUCCGACUGGUUUGCGUUGGCAGCGUGUGCGGCCGGCAGGGGGCCCUGUGUUAUUGCGUAAGUUGCGUAUCCCGAUCCCGUAGCGCUUACUCCUCCCGUUCCAGUGCCUUGCAGCGGCAUGAGAGCUAGCACAAGCUGAGUCGCUGCUCCCGCUGGGAAUCGCCGCUUUUGUUAUUGGGGUUCGGGCCGGAGCGCCCUAGGCCGGGAGAGAGACGGUGCUUGAGUUCGGGCAAGGAAUAAGGAUGGAUACAAACAUGGAGCGGGAGUGCAGCGCCCUGGGGGGGCUUUUCCAGACCAUUAUCAACGAUAUGAAGGCCAGCUACCCGACCUGGGAAGACUUCGUCAGCAAGGCCACCAAGCUGCAGUCCCAUCUCAAGACUAUGAUCAUUGUGACCGGUUCCUUCCUGGAUGCCUUUCAGAAGAUUGCCGAUAUGGCCAUUAACACAAGAGGAGCAACCAAAGAAAUUGGGUCGGCGCUGACGAGGAUGUGUAUGAGGCACCGGAACAUCGAGUCCAGACUGAAGCAUCUGACAGUAGCGCUGAGUGACAGCUUGAUUAACCCUUUGGAAGGCAAGAUCGAGGAGUGGAAGAAGGUGGCCAACCAGCUGGACAAAGACCAUGCCAAAGAGUACAAAAAGGCUCGUGCCGACAUCAAGAAGAAAUCCUCCGACACCAUCAAGCUCCAAAAGAAGGUGAAAAAAGGCAAGGACGACGCGAGGGUGCAGUUGGACAGUGUCCUUCAAGAUGUCAAUGACAAGUACUUACUCCUGGAGGAGACCGAGAAGAAGGCGGUGUAUCGGGCCCUCGUGGAGGAACGGGGUCGCUUCUGCAUGUUUGUGUCCUUCCUCAAACCCGUACUGGACGAGGAGAUCGGCAUGCUGGGGGAAAUCACCCACCUACAGACCAUCCUGGAAGACCUGAGCAGUCUGACUGCAGAACCCAGCAAGCUGCCCCCCAUGAGCGAACAGGUGAUACACGAUCUCAAGUUCUCCGAUUACAAUUUCACCUACCAGACCCCGCCCGGCUCUCCGAGUGGAACCCUGUCACGGAAGGCCAGCACCAACAGCUACCUGCACGGAUCCAUGCGCCACGUCCCCUCUAUGGACUCCAUCUCAAGCUCCAUGGAAGCGCUGCACGUCCGGCCCCCCUCGACACUAUUGCUGGAGAGCAUGUUCCAGGACCCAAAGUUGAACAACAUCCAGCAGCCGCCGACACCCACUGGGCCCAGCGGGGAGAACGGGACCAUGAAGCCCAUUCACAGUAUAGACGGAGCCCGACCUGCUGGGUCACAUGGUAUGAACAAGCCCAAAUCCCCCCGGGACCACUUGGCCUUGGCUCUGGGUCAGGGUCUCAGCUCGGAGAUGCUGCUCAGCAGGGACUCCUUACACUGCUCCAGUGGGUACAGCACCCAGACCACCACCCCGUCCUGCUCCGACGACACCAUCCCCUCCCACGCCGUAAAGAAGGAGGCGUCUGUUUUUGUUGCAGACUACGACUAUAUCUCUUUGCACGGGGAGCAGGAAGAACCGGAACAACUGGAGUUCGACAAGUCGUCCACCAUUCCCCGCAACAGCGACAUCAGCCUGAACUACAGGAGAAUGUUCCAGGCCAAGCGGCCGGCGUCCACGGUCAGUCUGUUGGCCGACUCCGAACUCCGCUCUCCCUACGUGGCCACCAUCAAGCGGAAGCCGUCCAACAAGCCCACGCUGAGGCGGGGUACGGUCAGCGGGGUCCCCAUCCCCAUCCGACCCCCGGUGGUGCCAUUGAAAGCCACUAACUACCCAGAAGUCCCCAUCAGCCCCUACGGGGAUAGGUCCAACAACGAAGUGUUUGCGUAUUUCCCCGACGGAAGGUCGGAGCUCGGGCAGCUGAAGCCGGGCCUGUGCACCUCCGCCCAAAGCCUGAACGCCGUACAGACGCCAUAUUGUGCCUUCGUGCCCAAGCAGUCGUACUCCUACUCCCAGAGUACCACCCAGCAGCCCCCCAGCCCACACAGAGUAUUUACUGUUAAUCUUGCAGUAGUCGAUGGCAACGCCGCCCCCCACCAAUCAGAGCCGAGUAUGGUAGAGAACGCGCAGAACCAAGAGAGCGGCGCCAGUCCAGCGGGCAGUGCCCAGUCGGAGAAUCCGGGCGACAUGUUAUCCAUGAUCCGGCGAGGCGUGAAGCUUCGGAAAACGAUCAGCAACGAUAGGUCGGCCCCGCUGAUAAAGUGAGGGCCCCCCCGGCCGGGCCCCCCUUACGCACAGCAGUGGCCUUUGGUUAAAGACAUUCUGUUUUAAUGUUAUUAUUGAGACUUGAAGUUCAGCCGGACCCAAAUCCCCUCACCUUCUGUAUCGCUGUACAUUUUAUUUUUGUCCCGGCGCAGUCCGUAAGUCGCCGUCGGCUCAGCCAAUCGCUGCCUUUCAUUUGGGUUUUUAUAACGUGUGCUUUGGAUUUUAGGACAAUAAGGACGUUAUUUUUUAGGGUCUGGGAACUUCAAGUUUCUGAUUGGCUUUAUAUAUUAUUCCAUGUUAAGUACCGGUCGGGCCCGGCCCACAUACAGCAUAGUGUAUAUAGUUUUCUAGUUUUAUACCGGGAUGGUUCAUUUUAUUGGUUUUAAGGUCUGACCCACUGGUUCCUCUUAGGGGGGGAGAGAGAUGCCCCCUCCAUCACUUUAUUUCCCCUGUAUAAAUAGGAAAGUGUUUCCAGAUGGGAGUGGGAGCUGCCAUAUCGCUUGCCUCUAGAGACAUUUCUGUUGUAUUGCACAAGUGCCAUCACCAAGGCAACUGAAAGCAAAGACCUGUGUGGUUGCUAUUGGCAUUACCCAGUGUGCAUUUGGGCACUUAUGUUCAUAAAUCACCCCCCAGCCCUGCCAUCAUGGAACCCAGACUACUAGGCUUGCACCCCAUUAUUAACCCAUGGGUUACCUGCAUCUGUAAAUAUAUUGAAGCCCCGAUGGGGGAAAAAAAAAAACCCACACAUGACCACACCCCUGACUACCCCUUCUCAAACCCCACCCACUGGCUUGUUAGCCCUGCCUACUGCACCAUCUGACUGCAAAUCCCCUCCCCUUAGCAGCCCAGUACAGCUACAUCCCUACUAGUUCAUUGCAGCUAAAGGUGCUUUUGAUGCUGUGCCUGUUCUGUAGAAAUAGCGCCUCCUACUGGCUAAAUGUCAUUGCCAUGCUUUCAGUUCUAUAGGGAGAAUUUUCCCAUUUGGGACAGCCAAUAUGGCAGCUCCUACGCCUAUGUACAUUGCAAAUAUAUGCACUAAUUAUAUGCCCUCAUUGUUAAUAUUUAAGGGUAACCUAUCUUAGGCAAGCUCCAUAUCAGCAGGGCAAUCCAUGCAAUUGGGAGGAGGGGCUUUUAUCAUGGGGGGGGGGUUAUGUCUCUAUGUUUAAGUACAGUGGGGCUAUUUAUGAUCUCUGGCAGGAGUUCUGCACACUUAGUUUAUAUUGGGCGGCAUUUAGCUUGGGAACCAAAUAACCCCCCCCCCUCUCCAUAAUAUUGCUUUGGGGUCCCACAGUGAAUCCUCUACUGUAGGAAUGUUAUUUGGGGGGGGGGGGGGGCAGUUUAAUAGAAGAGAAAUAAAAUUGUUUCUCACAGACAGUGUUUGGGGGGGGGGGGGUUGAUCACUUUAUAAAGAGAAUGUUGUGAAUUUCCAUCUUUAGCCCCAAAACAGUUUGGUUUUGCUUUUCUAGCGCCGUUGCCUUUGAAAACAUUUAUAAAAAAAAUCUGAAUGCCCCCCCAGUGCGUGCCGACGGGAAUUUGUACAUUUGUUUUAGAGUUUUACUUUAGCAGUUUUAUAGUGGAGUAACGAUGGGCUCAGCGGGUCUGGGUGUCCAGCGGGAAUGUUCCCCUGUUUGUAUAUUAUAGUUCUAUUGUAGAGCUGGGGGGGUACCUGUAGUUAUACUGUAGGGCAGCAGGGGGCGGUGUGUGUCUGAAAGGCCCGAUACCGCCACUCACUGCAUUCUGCUAUAGGGGUAUGGGGUGUUUCUCUACCAGGGCAGAACCCACAGUGCAUAAUGUAAAGCAGUGCAGCCCUUAAUCGGACUCUCUCCUCAUUCAUUAUCUUUAACCCUGUGUUACCCUGGUCGCUUUGCUUUGUGUGCGUCUGCCUAAAGCUCCGCUGCCCUCGGUGCCUAACGGCGCGCCAGGCUCCCAACAUAGGCCGAUAGAAGUGCUUCCAAGUCAAUGGUGCCGCCGAGCACUUACCCCCACAGGAAAGCAACUGGCAAGCUUGUUAUAGUGAGGGUAACUAUAGAGCUAAAAAGGGGCCAUAGUGAUAGUGUCCCUUUAAGGAGCCAAAAUAAAAAAAAAAGUCAAUUGAAAUAGUAUAUAUUAUAUAUAUCACAUGUGGGUUGGCUCUGCCAGCUGAAGCCCCGCCUGCCCGACACAGGGGUGGAACCUAUUUAUUAAAUAGAGAGUUUAAUAAAUCCCAAAAGCAGUGGGGGAGGGGAGUGGAGUGGGGGGGUAGGGGGGACACACAUACGGACAUGCUGGGAACCUCUUGCCAAAAGCACGGGAUAAAGAGAAUGGCGGGGCCCCUGCAGAGAGGAGAUUCAUGGCGCAGGAGGCUGCGUCGGACUUGAAAAAAAAAGUCGCUCAAUGUAAAUGUUUUAUUUUUUUUUUUUAUAAAUAUUGUUUGAAGCAGCAAUGCUCAGGCCUUAAAUUAAAGUGUUAAAAAGAGGAAA